ACUAAAUAUAUCGAAAUCACGUGACAAAUCAGCAUUUUAUUUAUUCUAUUAACUUUAUAGUUGGUUCCACAUCCUUUCACUCUAUUCGAUGUAUUGUACACAUCUGGCACAAAUCUGCAUCUCUGUCUUCUUCUUCGAUCCUCGAUUUCAUCCACAAUAUACAAUAGCCAAAUUUCCGAUUUUCUCCUCACUGAAUCUCUAGAAUCCAUCGUUGAUUCAAACUCAUUUUCCGAUCAAACGGCAUAUUUUUCCCUCUCGAGAGAGCGAUAAUGUGGAAACUGAAGAUCGCGGAAGGAGGUAGUCCAUGGCUUAGAACCACCAAUAAUCACGUCGGAAGACAGUUUUGGGAGUUCGAUCCGAAUCUCGGUACUCCUGAGGAUCUCGCCGCCGUCGAAGAAGCUAGGAAGUCUUUUUCGGAUAAUCGAUUCGUGCAGAAACAUAGCGCCGAUCUGCUUAUGCGCCUUCAGGGCCUGAUCUAUGGCAAUUCUUCGACUGAUUGCAAUUCUCUGAUGUCCAGCCUUUAAUUUUCUUCUUAAUUUUCUGCUGUCCUAUGAUAUAUCCCAUGAGGGCUUAAUCUAUCACACUCCUUUGACAGAUUACAGUUAUCUGAUAUUCAACCAUUUCUAAUCCAAUAGUUAUCGCUCUCUCUCUUUCUCUGUUUGUAGUUUUCAAGAGAAAAUUUGAUUAGCCCAGUUUUACCUCAAGUCAAAAUCGAAGACACUGAUGAUGUUACAGAGGAGAUGGUGGAAACCACGUUAAAGAGGGGUCUAGAUUUCUAUUCAACUAUACAGGCACACGACGGGCACUGGCCAGGUGAUUAUGGUGGUCCUAUGUUUCUUCUCCCAGGACUGAUAAUUACACUCUCCAUAACUGGAGCACUGAAUACAGUAUUGUCGGAACAACAUAAACAAGAAAUGCGCCGUUAUCUCUAUAAUCACCAGAAUGAGGACGGAGGUUGGGGUUUACAUAUUGAGGGCCCUAGCACCAUGUUUGGGUCUGUGUUGAACUAUGUUACUCUAAGGUUGCUUGGAGAAGGACCUAACGAUGGAGAUGGAGAUAUGGAGAAAGGACGAGACUGGAUACUAAAUCAUGGUGGUGCUACCAAUAUUACAUCUUGGGGGAAAAUGUGGCUAUCGGUACUUGGAGCUUUUGAAUGGUCCGGAAAUAACCCACUGCCACCUGAGAUAUGGCUUCUCCCAUAUUUCCUGCCAAUACAUCCAGGAAGGAUGUGGUGCCAUUGUCGAAUGGUGUACUUGCCGAUGUCGUAUUUGUAUGGAAAAAGGUUUGUGGGUCCCAUAACGUCCACUGUUUUAUCACUGAGAAAGGAGCUUUUCACAGUACCAUAUCAUGAAGUCAACUGGAAUGAAGCACGCAACCUUUGCGCAAAGGAGGAUUUAUACUACCCACAUCCACUUGUGCAAGAUAUUCUUUGGGCAUCACUUCAUAAGAUUGUUGAGCCUGUUCUGAUGCGAUGGCCUGGUGCAAAUUUGAGAGAAAAGGCUAUAAGAACCGCAAUAGAACAUAUUCAUUAUGAAGAUGAGAAUACUAGGUACAUCUGCAUAGGUCCCGUGAACAAGGUAUUAAAUAUGCUUUGCUGUUGGGUAGAAGACCCAAACUCAGAGGCUUUCAAGUUGCACCUACCAAGAAUCCAUGACUUUCUCUGGUUAGCUGAAGAUGGAAUGAAGAUGCAGGGUUAUAACGGAAGCCAGCUAUGGGAUACAGGUUUUGCUAUUCAAGCGAUUUUGGCAACUAACCUCGUCGAAGAAUAUGGGCCCGUUUUGGAAAAAGCACAUUCAUUUGUCAAGAAUUCCCAGGUGUUAGAAGACUGCCCUGGAGAUCUGAAUUACUGGUAUCGCCACAUUUCUAAAGGGGCUUGGCCUUUCUCAACUGCAGAUCACGGUUGGCCCAUCUCUGACUGCACCGCAGAAGGACUGAAAGCUGCUCUUUUGCUAUCCAAAGUUCCCAAGGCGAUUGUUGGUGAACCAAUAGAUGCAAAACGGUUAUAUGAAGCUGUUAAUGUUAUCAUUUCUUUACAGAAUGCAGAUGGAGGCCUCGCAACAUAUGAGCUCACCAGGUCAUACCCUUGGUUAGAGCUAAUCAACCCAGCAGAAACCUUUGGCGAUAUUGUUAUUGAUUAUCCUUACGUGGAAUGUACAUCAGCUGCUAUCCAAGCUUUGAUAUCAUUUCGAAAGCUGUAUCCUGGUCAUCGAAAGAAGGAAGUAGAUGAGUGCAUUGAGAAGGCGGUUAAGUUCAUUGAAUCCAUUCAAGCAGCAGAUGGCUCAUGGUAUGGAUCAUGGGCUGUUUGCUUCACGUAUGGUACGUGGUUUGGAGUGAAAGGGCUGGUAGCUGUUGGAAAAACAUUGAAAAACUCUCCACAUGUUGCUAAAGCUUGUGAAUUUCUAUUGUCGAAACAACAACCUUCGGGCGGCUGGGGAGAAAGCUAUCUUUCAUGUCAAGACAAGGUCUAUUCAAACCUUGAUGGCAACAGAUCUCACGUCGUGAAUACAGCAUGGGCUAUGCUCGCACUCAUUGGUGCUGGGCAAGCUGAGGUAGACCGGAAACCACUACACCGGGCUGCAAGAUACUUGAUUAAUGCUCAAAUGGAGAAUGGUGAUUUUCCACAACAGGAAAUAAUGGGAGUCUUCAAUAGGAACUGCAUGAUAACAUAUGCCGCGUAUCGAAACAUUUUUCCGAUAUGGGCUUUGGGGGAGUACCGUUGUCAGGUAUUAUUGCAACAAGGAGAAUGAAUUAAGUGUUCAAAUUAGUUAUUUCUCUAGGGAAGGAACUGUGUAGCUUCCAUGCUUUACUCUUUCCAAAGUUGUGUUAUCCGUAAUGGAUCUGCUCUGAUGGUUACGUGAACCAAUCUUUGUGUAAUUGUUUCAAACUCAAAUCUUGGUUGCAGAUUUUGUUGGGUUCUCUUGAAUACCCCAUUUUAGGAUAAUGUCUUGUUUUGUGAAAACAGACAUUUUUCUUGUAUUUGUUUUUUUAAUUCAUGUUUCCCGCUUAGGUCGUGUCUCCGGUGGUUUCCCACUUUGCUCAAAAUAUUGGUUUUGACUGGUUGCUUUUACUAAGCAAUUUUUUUCAUCUAAAAUAAGUUUUCCCUUGGAUUCCUGGGAUGAUGCUCAUUUAAUUCCCCAAGUAUGGUGUGGGCAAUUUUUUAUUUCUAAAUAGUCAAUGUUUACAGAAUAUAUAAUAUUAGUCAA